ACAAUGCAUUAAAAAAAUACACAUUUUUGCUUCCUUGACUGCACUACACACUAGCGUAUCCAGCAUCAAAUAUGACAAAGGAAUGUACGGACAAGCAAGAUAGAUAGGCCAAGAGCAGUUUGUUUAACAUGGAAAUAAUUGACCCCAGACGAUUGUGCCCAUGAUCUGAUGCUGGAUAUAUACGCGCCUGCAACAGCUACAUGUAUGUGAUGUUUACUUCCGGGACUUCCUGAAAACUUUUAAAGGUUGAUUUAGUUCCUGAUGAGCAUUCGGGUGAAACUGUCCAGCUAAUUAAGUUACCAAGCCAUCUUUCCAAACUAUCAAACUUUGCAAUUUAUAUCCCGUAUAAUCAAUUUGAGGCAGCUCAUUAGGUCGGCUUUUGACCAUAUUGACUAGGCGAAGACCAUCAAAGAGAUGAGGCUUGAAAGAAAGGGAGAGAGGGAUGAUGAUACGAAGGAUGCUGAUCAGUUUCAGGACAAUCGGAAAGGAGACGGUAGCCCUAGCAUAGCAUAUAAGGGAAGUAAUGACGCCGACGCCGCUGCCGCCAAGCGUUGGACGACAAGCGGGAUCAUGAGCAGUAUAACGUCACAAUGGUUGACACCCCUGUUCCGUACCGCCAAGAAACGCGGACUUCAUGAAGACGAUCUCUGCGGUAUUGCACCCGAGGAUUCAGCGCUGAAAAACGCCACGAUAUUUUCGCGGUUAUGGGAGGAAGAAAUCAAACAAAGCGGCGACGACGCGGUCAAAGCAUCACUGGGACGCGUAAUUCUGCGGUUCGUUAGGUGGCGUAUUCUUGGCAGUAUGAUAUUGGUUAUUUUCAACCAGAUGACAGUAUUCCUUUUGUCGACGGUGUCAAUCCGCGGUCUUCUCCUUUAUUCCAAGGACGCGACCGCGCCGCUCUACCUCGGUCUACUUUACGCGGUCAGUGCCAUGCUCUUCACCAUUCUAUACAACCUCACACUGGGUUGCUGUUACUUCAUUGGGGCGAGGACGGGGGCGCGGUUGCGGGGCGGAGUGGUUGCGCUUCUACUGCGGAAGAUACUGCGCUUGCGUGGUCUUCACAAGGCAUCAAUGGGCGAAAUUGUGAAUCUGUGCGUCAACGAUGGAAACAGACUCUACGACGCCAUGGUAUUUUCACCUCUCAUUUUCGCAGCGCCAGUGGUAUUUAUAUGCGCAUGCGUAUUCACUACGCACAUCAUUGGCAAAUCAGCCCUGAUUGGUAUGCUGGUCUACAUGCUUGUUUACGCAGCGCAGUUCGCGUUAACAGCAGGUAAGGUUGUAUUUCGUACAAAGAUGAUGAAAGAGACAGAUAAGCGGGUCCACACUAUCAGUGAGAUGCUAACUAACAUCAAGUUCAUCAAGAUGUAUGCAUGGGAAGACUGUUUUGAGAAGAAGAUCAAUGAUAUUCGCAAAGCCGAAUUACGAGCACUAGUUGGCAUAGGCAUCCUUCGUGGAAUUCAAAAGAGCUUCAACGUUUUGGUACCAACUGUAGCUGUUGUAUCCACCAUCAUGCUCAAACUCUUCCUUAAUGAGAGCUUUUCCUCAGACCAGGUGUUGACCUAUGUCGCUGUCAUCUAUAGCAUGCGAUCAAUGCUCACCAUGACGCAAUUCGGUUUCCAAUUCUUGAGCGAUCUUCUUGUGUCUGUACGACGGAUCAAGAACUUGAUGAUUCAGGCUGAGGUGCUGCCGAUCGGUGGAUGUGUGACGGACCGGUCGAACGCGAUUGAGUUGAAAUCAGUGACAGCGACUUGGGAUGACGGCACAGAAAACGAAAGGGAGCAACGCGAGAUAUACCGGAAAAGUGACGGUUAUGAGACUUCGGACCACGUGGACCAUGAAAGCGACCCGUUGUCAAACUCCCCCGUAACACAUGCAUUGAAUGAUAUAUCAAUUGCAUUAAAAAAGGGAUCACUUGUAGGUGUGUGUGGGAGCGUAGGAAGUGGCAAAACGAGUCUGAUACACACCCUCCUCCAGCAGACUCACAUUGUACAAGGAUCCGUAGCAGUAGAAGGGUCAUUGGCGUACACCUCGCAAGAACCUGACAUUUUCCACACAACAGUCCGUGAAAACAUCACCAUGUUCGGUGAUCCUCGUGAAGGCAGGCGCGAGACGGAAGAUGGCACUGGAGAAAAGAGAUAUCUGGACGCAAUCAGGGUCAGUUGUCUGAGUGACGACAUCGCGGCGUUUCCGUGCGGUGAUCGCACGGAGAUCGGCGAGCGUGGUGUCAACCUGAGUGGAGGUCAGAAACAUCGAAUGAGUCUGGCUCGAGCUGUCUAUGCUGAUCGAGAUAUCUACCUGCUUGAUGACCCGUUGAGUGCAGUUGAUACAAGGGUGGCGGAACACAUCUUUACUGAGUGCAUCGUGGGUAGCCUCAAGAACAAGACGGUACUCUUGGUCACGGCAAACUUACAAUACUUGAGCAAAUGCGAUGAGGUGAUAGUCAUCAGCAAUGGACGGGUGAUAGAACAGGGUACGCCUACUCAGCUCAUGGCUAACCAAGCCGAAUAUGCCCGACUGAUACAACAGUUCGGAUCAGAAGACCACGCAAGAACAGCAGACGACUGCAUCGACGGAGACGGUGACAACGAAAAGACGGAACCCAAAGGCCUCUCGGAAAAUUUCCCAGCGAAGCAUAUGAGUGAAGAGUGUCAUCAGGAUAAAACCAAAGAUGGGAGGUUGGUGAGCACAGAGACUCGUGAACAGGGCGAAGUCAAUGCACAGACCUACCUUACCUACUGCAGAUAUGCAGGGGGUGUUAUACCAUGUUUUCUUUCCUUUGUUUUAUACGUUUUAUCGCCGGCAAGUGCUGCAUUCAACAACUAUUGGCUAAGUUACUGGCUUACCAAGGGCAGUGGUGACCCUCAGAAUGCUACCAAUCCACAGCAAGACGAUGAACCAGAUAUUCUGCAGAAUCCUCAAUUCUGGUUUUACAGGGAUGUAUAUCUGUACAGCUUUUGCUGUGUGAUGGUAAUAUGCAGUCUUCGCAUAGUUCAUUACGUUAUGAUUACGCAGAGGGCGUCGUUCAACCUGCACCGAUCACUCUUCCAAAAGGUAUUCAGUUGCCCAAUGGAAUUUUUUGAUACAACUCCAUCAGGAAGGGUCCUGAAUCGUUUCUCUCGCGACAUCGACGAAGCUGACAACGAAGUUCCGAAUGCUCUUGAGACGGCACUCUGGACCUUUUUAAGUGUGCUUUCAGCCAUUAUUAUAGUCAUAAUUGUCUUUCCGUGGUUUAUCAUAGGUGUUAUCAUCGCUGCAAUUGUUUUUGUGUAUUUAUCUCGGAUGUUUCUACCAGCUAUUCGUGAUAUCAAACGUAUUGAAAAUAUCAAACGAUCACCACUCAUCAGUCACAUUAAAGCUGCAGUGGAGGCUCAGACAACCAUCCUGGCAUUUGGAAUGGAAAAGGCAUUUAUUGAAAGAUGUAACAAUCUUUUAGACACUAGUGCUGUUCCAAAAAUACUUUUUGUACUGGGGCAGCGAUGGUUGGCCUUCAGAUUGGACUUGAGCGUAUCAUUAGCCCAACUGGUACUUGGUCUUUCUGUUGUGUUUACACACAACACUACUGCCGCCGCCUUUGCUGGUCUUGCUCUUGCUUAUUCUGUACAGCUUCUCGGGACUCUUCAGUAUUCUGUGCGACUGAUCACAAUCACACAGGCCCGUUUCACAUCCAUUGAACGAAUCAUUGAUUAUGUUAAAAGAUUGAUAUCAGAACGAUGCACCAGUAAAGGGUUGACGACCCAGCAGGGUUGGCCAAAACAUGGAAAGGUCACAUUUGAUUCAAUUGAGAUGAAAUAUCGAGACAACCUUCCAGCAGUGCUGAAAAGCGUGUCAUUCCAUAUUCAUUCUAAAGAGAAAAUUGGAAUCAUAGGAAGAACUGGAUCAGGAAAAUCAUCCAUUGCUGUCGCUUUAUUUCGUCUUGUCGAUAAAAUGUCAGGCAGAAUUCUUAUAGAUGACCUUGACAUCAGUAGCAUCCCUGUCAGGGAGCUUCGUUCAUGUAUCUCAGUGAUCCCUCAGGAUCCAGUUCUCUUCAGAGGAACUCUCCGUUUCAACCUUGACCCCUACGAUCAGUUUUCUGACCAUCAGAUUUGGAAUGCUUUGGAGAAAACAUUCAUGAAGAAGAGUAUAUCUGCUAUCCAGCAACAACUCCAAAUCCCCGUGAGUGAAAAUGGGUCUAACUUUUCCGCUGGAGAAAGACAACUACUCUGUCUUGCUAGAGCUCUCCUGCGGAACUCUGUGAUACUGUUCCUUGAUGAAGCAACUGCUGCUGUUGAUGUAGAAACAGAUAACCUAGUCCAAAGUACAAUCAGAACAGCAUUUUCAAACUGCACAGUUUUGACGAUAGCUCAUCGCCUUCACACAGUAUUAGACUCUGAUCGCAUUCUUGUUAUGGAAGACGGCUUCGUCUUGGAGAUGGAUACACCAUCAGAACUCCUUGCCAACCCUUACUCUAGACUGAACGCAUUUUUGAGAUCAGGACAAAAUAAAAAUGGUGAUAUGGAUGUCUCCUUUUAAUGGGUGCAACACAUUAUGGCUAUCGGAGUUUAAACAGGAAAAUAUAUGGCAGAUUUACUUAUUGAAUUUACUGGCCUUCUUGUGCGUUCUGUGUCGGUGUUUUUCUCGGACAUGGUCUUAAUGUGCCCUAAGGCCUAUUAUUUGGUCAGUGCCUUAGACUUGAGCAUGUCUUUACGAUUUGAACCUUGAAAAUCCAAGGCAGGGUAUAGAAAUUUUUGAUUUAUUUUUGUUGUGGAUAAUAUGAAAAGUAGUAUAGCAGAUGAAGUAGAAGAAGUAGUAGAAGGUUCACUCGGUUAAAACUUGUAAUAACAAAAUAAUCUUGAUUAACUUACUCUUAAUUAUAACCAUAAGGAAAGUACUAUUACUGCUGCUGCUGCUACGACUACUACUACUACUACUACUACUACUACUACUACUACUACUACUACUACUACUACUACUACUACUACUACUACUAUUAUUGCUCAUACAAAUUAUGAUUAUGGAAGUCAUUAACUCUGGAGGAAUCGUUGUUCCCCCAUCAUCCUGCUCUGUGUAGUUGGCCCAAAAUACAUAAAUUGCAUCUUCUGUUUUCUUCAUUAUUGCCAUUCCAGUUCAGUGAAAUUCAAAGUAGCUGAUUUUAUUGGCAACUCCCUUUUUUGUGCUCAGUUCUUUUCAGAUUUGAUCCAUCAUCUUUCAAAGCUCAUCUUGACUCUUCCUAGCACAAAAAAAUUCCACGGGAAAUUAAUUCACACCACUUAUAUCAAGGUUACGAGGAGGUACUAGUACAAUAAAAUAUUUAAGACAAGGGAACAUCUGAAAAUUUGUGUCCACAACUAAUGGAGGGUUGACCGCAAAAUCGACCAUUUUAAAGCAUGUUUGUCAAUUUGAGGAAUCAUAUCUGCUUAUUGUAAGACUUCGAACUUCCUCAACUUACUUAUUUUAUAACCGAUUUCGAUCAAACUCAUUUUAAAUUGUCCCUCUCAUUUUACCUUUCCCAAUAAGAUCGCUUCUUCCUUCAGGUUGUUUUGUUUCCUACAAGUGUGAUAUGAUUACCACUGACUUGUGAAUAGCUAGACGUUACACUGAAAAACAUCGUCUAUGUUUAUACAUCUCUUGCGCAACGUUCCUAUUUUCAGGAGUGUACACAAAUAAA